GCACUGGGAGUCAGUAAACUCAGUGCCGGCCUUAACGUUAGUAUCGCUGCGGAACGCCGAUCUCGACGGUCACAUGCAGCUGCAGUUCCGUUCUAUCGUGAAUUAAAUCGUCAGUAAAGUGUAACGAGUGUUGUUUUUAUUUUUAAUAGAUUAAUUAGAUAAUAAAGUGAAGUGUCUUAAUUAUUAAUUAUUAUUAACAAGUGUUUGUAAUUUUACUCCAAACUCAAAAAUGUAAACAAUCAAUUUAAGAUUGUCAUACCGAUUUUAUCCACGGAUUAUUAUUAUUAUUAUAAUUAGUUAGACAAUUAGUGAAUUAAUUUGAAAAAAAGUGUAGAAAUUUUUUUAAAAUAUAAUGGAGUAUUUCUCACUGGAUGCUUACCGGUCGUGUACUUAAGACCUUUCACGUUCGGAGCAGCGAGGAUCGAACCGGUCUGACCGAAGGCCAUAAUAUAACCAUAGUACAGGCAUAAGUUGUAUUAUAUCGCGAACGUAAUAGCGGAACAUCGGACUCUUCUCACGACUCAAAAAGUAGAAUUAGAAAAAAUAAAGUUGGUAAAAUAUCGAGAAAUCGGUCCAGAGAGUCAGAAUGGAAGACGAAUUGCGAUGUCCUACCUGCAAGGAACUAUUUAGCGAUCCCGUUCUUUUGCCUUGUUGGCAUGCACUGUGUUUAUCAUGUGCAGUAAAUCUCCAAGCUCCGCCAGAUUCGCCUCCAGAAUCAACAACCGACUGCUCAAAUGCGCCCGGCUCUGACCAGGAGGCCGACAAAGUGUCCAUACUUUCAGAAACGGAUUCUGGAGUUGUUUGCAGCAGCACGUCAACAUCAUCCAGACCCGGAAGUUACGUCGGUACUCCGGGAAAUGGAGGGUGUUUUCCGCCUUCUGGAGGCACACUCUGUCUCUCCUGUCCGGUUUGCCACAAAAGUGUGUAUUUUGACGAGGGCGGUGCCCAUAAUUUGCCAAAAUAUCGGGCAAUGCAGAGAAUUGUCGAAAAGUAUCAGGAGGCAAGAAAUGUCAGGCUACUGUGUCAGAUGUGUGAGGGCGAACCCAGAGAAGCUACAGUCGCCUGCGAACAGUGCGAGGUACUUUAUUGUGACGGAUGCAGGGAGUCGUGUCACCCAAAAAGGGGACCACUAGCAGCCCACAAUUUAGGCCCACCACGUGCCAGCUGGCAGAGCAGUGUUGGUAAUAAAGGUGGCACACGCAGCUUGAGUUCUGAUGGGGCACCAAUUUGCGCCGAUCACAAUACAGAGUCUGUCAGCCUCUAUUGUGCUCUCUGUAAGAUUGCAGCUUGUUCCCUAUGCCUACGGGAUCGUCAUACAGCUCAUCCUCAUGAUGUACUACCACUCGCCGCAGCGUGUAAAGCCCAAAAGACAGAGCUGUCGCAAAAUCUGCAACAGCUUUCGGAGCGCGCCCGUUCUACGACAGAAUUCAUCCAGCGACUCAAAGGAAUGACGGAUAAAGUACACGAGGAAUGUGCAGCCCUAGAAGACGAAGUGGAAGACAGAGUCGCAAGUUUAUUGAAUAUGCUCCAAGCAAGAAAGUCCCGUCUAAUCGAGGCUGCACGACAAACCCGAGACGCAAGAGUUAGAUCACUGCGAGAUCAAGUUGCAAGAUGCGCAACUCAUCUUCAGGGAACGACAGCUCUGCUAACGUUUUGCAUCGAAGCCCUGAAGGAGACCGACAGCUCGGCAUUCCUCCAGAUUGGUGGGAUGUUAUCUAUGAGAGCUUCCAGCGCUGCCGGGUCCUGGGGCGCUGCUGAAGGCGUGCAGGAGAUGGCUCGGCUGCCUCUUCUUGAUCUCACCCUCGAUGACAAGCCCGUCAGACGGGCCAUUGAUCAACUGACCUUUGUUCAGCUGAAACCAAUGGAAGGAGAGGAUCAAUAUCCCACCGCAGCUCCAGGAGCCCCAGUGUUGAUCCCCGAAGAAUGCAGUGCAGAAAACAACAGCGUGACAGUGGCAUGGCAACCGCCAGGUGGUCAUGGAGUUGGAUGUGGUCAGCGGGCUCCGGCAAUCGAAGGCUAUCUGUUGGAGCUUGACGACGGAUGCGGUGGAGAGUUUAGGGAAGUUUACUGUGGACGUGAAACUAUCUGCACCGUAGAUGGUCUUCACUUCAAUUCACUUUAUAAUGCAAGAGUCAGAGCGUUCAAUAGCGCUGGCGAGGGAGAUUACUCUGAGCUCAUUGGUCUUCAAACUGCUGAAUUGGCAUGGUUUUCAUGGGCAACUGGCGCACCGGGAGUUCCUCAAGAGGUUUCAAUUUCCGAAGACGCAAUGAGUGCGUCCUGCGAAGGGUAUGAGCAUCGCGUUGUACUGUCAAGCGUCGGAUUCUCCCGUGGUGUCCAUUACUGGGAGCUGACUAUCGACCGGUAUCACAGUGACACUGAUCCAGCCUUCGGAAUAGCUCGUGCUGAUGUGUCACGCGAUAAAAUGUUGGGCAAAGAUGACAAGGGUUGGAGCAUGUACAUAGACCGUCAAAGAUCGUGGUUUAUGCACGCUGGCGGUCAUGCCCAAAGGACCGAGGGUGGCGUACAGCAGGGCUCGACUGUUGGUGUGCUCUUGGAUCUCGAUUCGACCCACACUCUUCGGUUCUUCGUAAACGACCAACCGCAGGGUGGAAUCGCCUUUCGUGAUCUCUACGGGGUCUUCUAUCCGGCUGUAAGCCUAAAUCGCGGCGUCACUGUCACUCUCCACACGGCAAUCGAUCCCCCCCGACAUCUCCUCGCCCUUCAUGAUGAGUAUGUCUGCGAUAUUGUCCAGAGCUAGGGGUACCUUACUGUCCUCAAGAAAGGCCUGCUCUCCAAUCAAGAAAAUGGAAAUGGUAAUGGAACUCACGGUGAACAUGACAGACCCAAGGAUCACGGUGAGCCCAACCAGAUGCUUGAGAAAAUAAUCGAAGAAAGUCCUACGGAAAUUAAUUAAUAUUAAUUAUCAUUAGUAAAUAUAUUAUCCAUUUUUUUUCAGUCCCACAUGAAAGAAAA